GAGCUAAAAACUUUUCAAUGCCCCGUCCGGCGGCGUGUCCAUGGGACGAGUUCGUCUGUCUUCGUCGGACGGGCGACUCUGUUCUGUGAGUCCACCGGCGAGGGACAGUGGAUUUGGGGUAGGAGAAGGAGGCUAGGAUUGCUUCUGUCGCAGUCGGAGACGGUCAGACAAGCGAAGGUGCGCCUCCUUGGUCAUUUCUAUUUUGCGCAGAGGCGAAGGAUCCGAGCAAGAGCAGAGCGGCGGAGGGUUUCUGAUGUUCGAUGGGGGCGAUCUCAGUUCUCAAGGCGGAUGAUUGGCUCUGUUGCCCCUGUGAUGGGGUUGAGCAAAGUUGACGGAGGUCGUGGUGAUCGAUCUGGUAUUGGAUCUGAUUUUGUCGUGAAAUCGGAGUCCAAGGCAAUCCGCCUAGCGAAGUCUUUUGGCGGUCAAGAAGCGGUGAGGCGACAGGAUCCGCUGGUGGUUGAGACACAGUCCCGGAAGCACCGAUGGGUACCCAACCCGCCCGGCAAGCUUGCUGGGAUGUGGAUUGUUGGGCUGGCCCCAGCCUCUUGGGCCCUUUCUGGGCGACGUGGGCUUUGUCCCGGAUUGCGCACCUUGUGUGCCUUGUUUGCCCUAGGUUGGCGGCGAGUUCCUAACUUUGUCAAAUAGUCACAACCUCCUAGUGGUAGGAUGAAAAUAAGUGUCACCGGAUUUGUUUUCCGGUGACAACAUUGUGGGAAAGCUGAUCUUAUUUGUAUAUUAUGGCUUCGAGUAAACAUUUACUUUCCGGUAUGUCACCACCUUUGUAAAGCGAAUAGAGUAGCCAAAUAUGCACUCUUCGCUAAUCGGUGCAUGUUAGAAUACAUACGUUUUGUAGAGACUCUCGUUAUUAUCUCGGGAUGUUC